AUGGAUGAGCCACCAAGUGAUGGCACAUCGGAGAACCGACGUAAGGGCCCCGGAAAGCGUGCUACCGGAGCGGUGGAGCCACUAGCCUCUGCAGCACUUCCGGCUUCCACGGCUCCUUGUGGUGCAUGCAAGUUCUUGAGAAGAAAAUGCAUUAGUGGGUGCAUUUUUGCACCCCAUUAUGGCUCCGACCAAGGCGCGGCUCGGUUCGCGGCCGUGCACAAAGUGUUCGGAGCCAGUAAUGUGUCUAAGCUAUUGUUGCAUAUUCCGGCUAAUCGGCGGCAUGAUGCGGUGGUCACUAUAACUUAUGAAGCUCAGGCUAGACUCUCAGAUCCUGUUUAUGGUUGUGUCUCGACCAUUCUUGCUUUGCAACAACAGGUGGCAUCUUUACAAGCAGAGCUAGCAGUAGUGCAAACACAACUAAUUAACAACAGAUAUGCUGUGGAAAAUGCUUUACAAACUUCACAACAACAACAUCAUCAUCUUCAGCAGCAACAACUUCACCAAGAACAUCAUCACAUUGCAAUUCUACAGCCAACUUACUCAAACAAUUCUUCUGUUUCAAACAAUCUCAUCAACAACAUUAACAGUGCCAACACUUUCAAUUCCACUGCUUUUGAUCAACUGCCUGAUGAUACUUGUGCUACAACUGUCCCUAAUAACUCUCCAAGUUUUGAUCCCAUACACCAAGAGGAUGAGGAGGAGGAAGAGAGUCAUAAUCCUAUUGUUUUUACUAAUCAAAUGUUUCAUUGAAUGAGAGGUCCACUAGA